AUGAGCUCAUGGAAUGGAGUGGGCAGACCGGCCGACAUCGGGCCGUCGCAUGUGUUGCAUUUGCUGCUGUCAGCGGCGCGGCUGCAUGUAGCGGCCAGACAUGCUUCACGGCAGUUGGGGCCAAGCGCCCAGCACAAAGCCCCCCCGAGCUUGUCGGGGCCGAAAGGAGGCCCCAACCUCGCGGCCCAAAGUACAGCCGACAUCUGGACGAAGCUGCUCGAUAAUCCGGCUGUCAAGAAUCCUAAUCAAGCCUUAAGUCAGCUUCAGUGGAUUUUUGAUCAAGGGUUGCUGGAUUCCAUUCUUCCAUAUAUCGUUUCAUCGCUGGAUUUACAAAGCAGUCCUCCAGAUUCACCGAGACGUAACACCCUCGUCCCAUCUCCUUCCACAUCGAGUUCAUCCACGCUGAAUCCAUCGUCUGCAUCCGCGCUGAAUCCAUCGUCUGCAUCCACGCUGAAUCCAUCGUCUGCAUCCAUGCUGAAUCCAGAUGGCCAGAAUCCUAAUCCAUCUGUAAGCAGUAUCAAUCCUUCAGUUCGACUUCCAACUAUUGGCUCGGCUUUGAAAGAUUCCACGCAAGAAGAGAGCGAAGCUAAAGUACCAACAGAUAAAGUGGCAUCGCCACAAAGUGACAUCCAAAAAAUUCUGCAGUCUGCAAUCAGGAGUAAUCCUGGAACACCAAAGAAAAAUAGAAAAGUAUUUAGUGACAUCGCUGACCUCAGAUCGCCAGCGAACCAAAGUGAAAACGACUCAGCCUCCGCGGCCGCGACGCCACGUAUCAACGCAGACACCGCGACAGCUGCAAGCGUUGUAAGAGAAACCAACGCUGGCGGCACCAACACCUCUGACAAUGCAACUAAUGAGGACCAGAGGUGUUAUGUCUUUAUCUUAACAAUUUUAAGAUUAAGAUAA